AUGACGUGCCCUGAGGGGCUGCGAACACAUGCGGAUUCAUGCCGGAACGCCGCCGAAUUGUCCAAGGGGCUACAGCGAUUUUCCGCCCUGAGUCCGCCAAGGUCGGGCCACAAUUUGCCCGCGGGGCCGAGAGGAAAGCCGGCGAAGAACGUGGGGGGACGGGAGAACGGGGCCAAGGUGCUCUCCCUGUUCCCGCUUUCUUCUAUAUGCUGUAAAUAUGGUGUAUUCUCACGAUGCAAAUUGUUGAGGUAUGAAAUGGAGGGGGAAUUUCAUGGCGAAAGGAGAGGACAUACGGCCGCUCCUCCUCAUUCCAAUAUCAAGUGGGGGGAGUAGCGUGAAGUCGAGGCUGUCGCCGGGGGUGGGGAACUGUUAUUGGCGUGCCCUCGUCGCCCGCCAUUCCCGUUUUUAUUUGAGAAUGGGCCCAAGUUCAGUGAUACGUGUAAAAUUGAUGCGCGAUUCGGUCUGGGGCGACUUUUUUGGCCCGCCUUUCUUCCGCUUUUCCGGCUAGUCAGAUGUUUUUUGCGACUUUCGUUGGGCUCCUUGAUCAGCGCCGGAAGUCUUGGGUAUUGCAUUUCACAUGUUUCUCGCGACCAAUACGCGGAAUUCACGCCCGAUUACGCGAUUAAUAUGGGCAAUUUUCAGUGAGACACGAAAGGUAGCAUUGGUUAAUGGUUCAGGUGUUUGCGUGAGCCCUAUAAUCGGUCAGACGAAACGGAACGAGCCACUACAUUCGACGUUACAACUGCUUCAACGGGUAUCUCAACGAGCCCAGACGGAGUUUGAAACAAGUCGUUAGUUGUUUCUACUUUUAAUGACCACCUUUGCUAUUAUUUUCUUAUCCCCAAAGACUAAAAUCAACUGUAAUUCUAAUCAAAUCAACUUUCAGCUCCCGGUUUAUGCGCUGUGAAGACGGCCUUGUGGUCUUCCAGGCCACGGGCGCAUGUCUUUGCAACGCGCUGUGGGUCCCCGACUUGA